GCUACCCCGAGGAGACGGCGUGCGUGUCGGUUGAAGGUGGACCAAAAGUCCGGGUAUUGGUCCAUUGUGGACCUCACAGUAACUGACUGACAUGGUCAAGAUUACAAAUGGCAUGAGUCAAUCAUUCCUUGGAGCCACCACGUCCUGUAGUGGGAGGGACCACGUUCUGUUUGAUGAGAGGUACCUCUUCCCUGUCCUUUCCAGUCACAUCGUGGUUAGAGCUACCUCUCAAACUGAAGCACGGACUAGCCAGUGAGUUUUCUGGUGACAUGACAAGUGCCCAUAUGCCCGGUGGUACUCCCGAUGUACCUGCGGAGUGGAUCGGCGAAAGUCUGCCCGGCAGCCCGGAAUUUCCGAGGACCCCUGGCUUGUGGGUGAGGGGAGGCGGUUUCAGCUGCCUGCCCAGUGCUUCCUGCCAGCUUCCCGGGUCUGCUGGCCCAGGAACGCAGAGGGGAUUCGACCGAAUGACAAGUGGGGUCUUCUCCAACAUGGAGGGCUGUUCUGUACAAGAUGACUGGGACGACGACGACAGGCCACCCACGCCCACUCUCAUGGGCUAUGAGGUCAUGGAGGAGAGGUCAAAGUUCACCGUGUAUAAGAUUUUAGUGAGACGGACAGAGGAGGAGAGCUGGGUUGUUUUCAGACGGUACACAGACUUCUCCAGGCUCAAUGACAAGCUGAAGGAAUUGUUUCCCAGGUUCAAGCUGUCUUUGCCACCCAAGCGCUGGUUCAGAGACAACUAUGACAUGGCCUUCCUGGAGGAGAGGCAGCAGGGCUUACGGUCCUUUCUACAGACGCUGGUCACGCACAGAGACCUCACCAACAGUGAGGCAGUCAGGGGUUUCCUUUGCCUCAACAACCCACCAGGUGCAGCUGACAGUCUAGACAAGAACCAGAAGUCACUGGAGGAAACCAACCUCCGAUUACAGCGGCUGCUGAUUGAGAAAGACCAGGAACUGGAGUCCCUCAAGAAAUGCUUGGAAUCAAGAGACCUCAAAAUCAGCCUACUGGAAAAACAAAUUGGCACUCAUGUGGCAGAGGGUACGGACAGAGUUUUCAAGCCCUUAAUCUUCACCACACACCUGGACUCUGAGGAAGAGGAAGAUGAAGAGGAAGAGAAUGACAGCAGGCAUAGAUUACCACCAACCACCAACAGUCUCCAAAAACAUGUUCUAAGUUGUGAGAUCCAGGUUCCGUGGAAGGGCCAUGGGGCCUGUUGGUGUGGUCCAGCCCGGGCCAAACCCAGAGGACACUUCUAGUGGAACCAGCCCCUAAUCUCCUCUACCAGCCAUAUGCAUCUUAUAAGAUAUGUAGAUUUCAAUCUAUAGAUUGCAUGACAAUACCUGUCUACCAAGGCUCUAAAUCCUUAUCUUAAUCACCAGCCAAAAUGACUGGUAGAUGUCAAUCUUAUUAGCCAAACACACACUCAUUGAUGCGUCAAAGUGGCAAGUAAGUUUCAUUCUCUACCAGCCAAACUGAAAUUUCACCAACAUUUGUCCCUACUCUCUAAUAUGACUGGUAUAUAAGGACUCUUUGACUGCAUAGUUGCCUCUCCUCCCUCCCUCCCUCUCUCCUUUUCUCUUUCUCUUUCUUCUCAUCCCUCUCACCCCCAAACCCAGAGGAAAUGUUGAACAGAACCUCUUCUGUCAUCUCCUCACUAUACAUUUGUAGCACUGCAUCUCUCUUACUAAUCUAUACUGUGGCUGCCCAUGUGCCUCCAUUCUAUUCCUUUUUCCUCCCUCCAUUUGACAAGCUCUCUCUCUCGCUCUCUCUCUCUCUCUCUCUCUGUCUCUCUCUCACACACACACAGACACACACACACACACACCUUCCUCCAUUUGACAAGCUCUCUCUCUCUCUCUCUCUCUCUCUCUCUCUCUCUCUCUCUCUCUCUCUCUCUCUCUCUCUCUCUCUCUCUCUCUGACACACACACACAGACACACACACACACUCUUUCUCUCUCUCUCUCUGAUUUUCUGUAAAUCCUAAAUCUUGUGGGACUUUGAGUUAUCCUUUGGGAUUGCUGUGCUCUUUAAACUUUCAACUGUAUCAAAAGUUUUGAUACACUUCUUUGUCUUUUUUGUGAUAGGUAUUUUAACCCAAGCCUUUUUAGAGAUGGGAGUGUUCUAUGUUUUCUCUAAAAUGACAUUUUACAAUAUGAAAAGUAUCGUUAUCAGUUGUUAGGUACGUAUGUUGUGAUGCAAAGUGCAGGGUUUACCUUUGGUUUUAGUGCAGAUUUUAAGCUUUUGAUUUACAGUUGUUUUUAGUGCAAUGUAACCUUUGGUUUGGUUGUUCGUUUGUAUUAGCAACCAUCCUCUGUCUCUCCUUUCAUCAGCAGUGUGGGAGUCUUAUGGCAUGCAUCACAAAUGUGCAUGGAAGAUGUCCAAUCUCCGCCAUAUUCAACUGCAUAAAAAUAAUAUGUAGAUCAAUUACACCCACCCCUAAAACAUCAAAGAAAGUUUGUGUAUGCAGUUGACCUUGAAAUACCUCUCUAGACAAUUAGGACAUUGAAUCACCCUGCUGUUAAAUCUUACAUCCAAAUUGCUCUAUGCACAGUGGACAUUCAGACUCCUUGUACGGAUUUUAUACCUCUCUGCAGUGUGUAAAUUUAUAGUAUCCCACCGCCUGCUUUAUAGACUAGACAGGAAUGAAAAUAAUGGCGGAGAGGCCAUGUACAAGGUACGAGGACAGAAAUGUGAAUGUAUGGUUUUCCUAAAAAGCCGUGGCUGUAGUAAGUUACAUAAUGUGACUGUCGAGAGUAACAAGGGAAUUAUUUAGGAAGGUUUGAAAGGGAAGAGAGAAUGGGAGUUUCACAUAUGUUCACACAGGCACCCACACGUGCUUGAACCCCCUCACACACAGACACACACACACACACACACACACACGCACGCACGCACGCACGCACGCACGCACACAUGCACACACACACACACGGACACAAACACACACCAAGGGGGAGGUGGACAUACAGCGAAUAUGACAGGUAUAACAAAACAUCAAGAAAACAGGAGAAAGAACAUUAAAUUACUGAUAAAGCCACAUUCCCAUCCAAAUGCACACAUCAGUUCACGGUUUUAUGAACACAUAUGACAGCUAUAGAUUCAUUUUAAAAACAAAUACAGGAUUCUGUCAGGACUCAUGCCAAAAGCAUGGUGAUGGAGAAAGUCCUUUUCAUGUCCUUUCACAUACCAAUACUCAAAGACUUUGUCCAAGAGCAACAUGGAAACUAUUAAGAUGCCUGCAUUUUUUUUUGAAAAUUCUGUACAUCAAGUAAGGAGACACCAUCACAGCAAGAGAGUGGAGUCUCGGCGCCAGGUCUGCACAGGUCAUGGGCAACUUGAAAAGAGUUACUCACAGGAUAUAAAC